AUGUCACAGCCGGCGCAAAAGGCAAAGAAGAAGAAAAAGGAGCGGACUCCCAAGAUCUUUGACCACAACUAUGCCAAGGUCACCCAAGUCCCAGAGCUGGUCGAGCACAUCCUCUCGUUCCUGAACCAACGGUCCCUCUGUCUCACAGCCUCCCUCGUCUGUCGUCUAUGGCACAAAGUCGCUCUCCCUCUCUUGGUCCGACCUGCAACGAUUAUCCUCGACCCAGCCAACCAAGCCCAACUGGACCCGCUCAACAAGGACAGGGACAAGUUUGACCUAAAGGCGAUCGACAAUAUCCGAGGCGCGCGUGUUCUAGUCGUCAAACCUCCUGUCACCGACCUGUACUGGGGCAGAUUGGGACCCCCUCGACUUGGACCUCUUCACCACCAGGCGUUCAUGAAGCAGCUCGAGCAUCUUGCGCAACAGAACGAGUUACGGGUCACUGACCUUCAGAUCCUCUAUUACAUGGAUUACCAGACCGACAUCCUGCCUCUACUCACCAUCACCGGAUUCCAGUUGACCAACCUUCAGCUCAAACAGAUGCACUUUGCUGCGUUCUUUCCUCUGGACAGGAUCCUGCUUCUUUGUCCCAGACUCUUCCACGUUGAGAUCAGCCAGGCCACCCCUUCGUACUAUCGACUUGUGGACACGAGUGAUUCGGAUCAUCCACCACCGCCUUCAUUACCGGAUCGCAUACCGCUUCGUUCGUUGUCGUUGGAAGGAAUCGGGGUCGAGACUGAGUGCUUGUUGCGACUUUUGCGUGUUGCUCCGGCUCUGACGGAUCUGGCGCUGAAGAGGCUCAAAAGCGAAGCAUCGCCAACGACGACAUCUACCACUGUACCCCAGACGUAUAUCCAACACUCCGCAUCACCCUCGCCGUCACCACCAUCGGCGCCGCUCAGGAAGCAGGAUCUUGUCUCUUGGUCAAACAUGGCAGGCAUCGAGAGGAUAGCGACCGUCAGCCCUCAGAUCACCCGACUCUCUAUUUCGAUGACUAAGCCCUCCAAGAUAAAGAGCGCAGAGCUGGUCCAGGUCUUGCAAAAGUUCCCCGCACUCACACACUGGGUCACGCCCAGCUUUGACAUCUCGUCUCAGACACUAGAGGCAUUCAGGACUUGUACGUUUGCCGACCGGAUGACGAGUCUUGAGAUUACCGGACAUUUAAACCAGGAGAUUGUCGGGAAGGCGUUGCACCAGUACCUUUGCGGGGCGUUUCAUCUGCAGCACCUGCGGGCGUCUGGGAUACAGGUGUCGAUUGCUUGGUUGGAUGUCGAGGGUGUUUUAAACAAUGAUGGGCGGUAUUGUCGCAGGAGGGAUGACGAUAAGUCGUCGUUAUCAUCACCUUAUUCUUCUGGAGGCCAGCACGAGGAGCAGCUGCAAACCCGAGUGUGGACGACAAGCAACCUUAAGACGCUUCACUUGAGUUUUGGAGCAGGACGCAGUGGGGACAUGAGUUUCGAAAGUCAUGAGGGCUCGAGGAUGAUUUAUGGAUACAUCAGCAAGACCUGUCCUCGACUCCAGGAUUUGUUGAUCUCGAGCACAGGUCUAUUGUUGAGCCUGGAAGGCGGAGUCUCAUUGUUGUCGAGGCUGCAGGGGUUGAGGCGAGCGGUGGUGAUCACAGAGAGCAGGGAGGAUCUGAAGAAAGACGACUUGGACUGGCUGGCUCUAGAUCUGGACCCUGCACGGAAGGUUGAGAAGAAGAAAUUGUUGGAGCGGUUUGUCACUGUCGAGGACCAUAUCAUUUACUCGCGGACGCCCUUCCAGUCGACGUUACUCUCUCAGGACCAGCCAUUGAAGGGUCGUCAGAAGAAUCUGAACCCGACAAUCAAGGAAGCCCUGUCACGCAAUCAUCGGUAUCGGGAGCAAAAGAGAAAGGGGAGCGAUACAGAGACAGAUUCAGACACAGAGGUUGACCAGUCCACAUUAUUCAAGAAGACAAAGAAGUCUUCCACGACUACGAGUUCGACACCCUCUCCUGCCGUGGAGGACGGCGACGACAGUUCAGACUAUAUGAUGUCAGGAGCGGACAUGAGAGGUCUGGGCCAUCUCCAGGAUAUUGGCGCCAUGUUCCUGAAUCGGGCCAAACAGCGGUGGCAAUGCUGGCCAGAUCUCGAGUACCUGGAAUUUCGGAAUUAUCCAUAUCAUCAGUUGGACGAUAACGACACAAUUAUGAAGUGGGUUCGGACCAUUCGACCCCGGAUCGAAUUCAAAUGCGUUGCCACACAAUCUCAUCCCUUCAGCUAA